AUGGCAAUCCAGACCAUUCUGGUGAUCAACAAGUCUGGUGGGCUGGUAUAUCAGCGAGAUUUUGUUCCCAAUGCUCCACGUUUGUCGAGUAACGAGUAUUUGAUCUUGGCAGGUACGCUGCAAGGAAUUGUAGCGAUUGCGAGCCAGAUCACCCCAAAAUCCCUGCAGCUUGACGGCAAAAGCAGUGCUAGAGGUGGCAGUGAGCCGAUGGGUAAUAACAGUGCGCCUUUGGUACCAUAUAUGGGGACUUUGGGAGCUACAACUGCUAAUGGAGCACCUUUGGGUAGUUUUUUAGGUCCUGACUACUUCAACGAUGCGUUUGCCAGCUGGAAUGGCAGAGGGCUUAAACACGUUACUACGGACCAGAACUCUCUGUUUGUCUAUCAUACACUUACCGGUAUCAAGUUUGUGGCCGUAAGCACGCAGCCAACGACCAACGCAAUGGCGGUGGCAGUCGCAGAAAACCUGCUGCGCAAGACGUAUUGCUUGUAUGCUGACUACGUUAUGAAGAACCCGUUCUACGAACCGGAAAUGCCGAUCAAAUGCGAACUAUUCGAUCAACAUUUGGGUACGUUGGUCAAGCAGCUGUAG